AUGGCCAUCGGAGAGAUCGUUUUGGGUUCCUUCUUGGCUUCCUUCUUUCAGGUCCUGUUCGACAAAUUGACUUCUCUCACAUUGGGCUAUGCGCAACAGGAAGGAAUUAGCACCACCCUGUUCGAGAAGUGGAAGGGGAUGCUGGUCACAAUCAAUGCAGUGCUGGCUGAUGCAGAGGACAAGCAACUCAGUGGUAACCCUUUAGUGAAGCUGUGGCUGGAUGAUGUUAGGGACUUGGCCUAUGACAUGGAAGACUUGCUCGAUGAGUUUGCGAUCAAAGCCGCUCAGGUUGAGUCAGAGGCAAAAUCCAGCACAAGUAGAGGUAUGGAGAAAUGGAAGUUCUCUUUCUUUGGCCAAGAUAAAUCCUCUAGAUUGAAUCCAAACCCACACUUGCUAGUGUUUGAAACCAAGGUACAAGAGAUCAUUGGCAGGUUGAAAGCAAUUGUCACGACGAAGGAUCAUCUAAGCUUGAGAGAGAAUGUUGUGGACAGAUCCAACUACACCAACAAAAGGGUUCCCACCACUUCUUUGCCGGAGCCUUGGUUUUUUGGUAGGGAGAAGGAAGAAGCAGAGAUACUCGAACUAUUGAUCAGUGAGGCCAAAAAUUCUGAUGCCGUGCUGAGCAUACUCAACAUAGUCCCCAUAGUUGGGAUGGGCGGUGUUGGAAAGACAGCCUUGGCUCAACAGCUGUAUAAUGAUGCCAGAGUGAAAAGUUGUUUCGAGAGGAGAGCAUGGGUUUGUGUGUCAGAUGUUUUUUACGUUUUUGACAUAACGAAGGCUAUUUUACAGUCGAUCACUGGGUUGUCUUGCGAGGGUGAAGAUCUUAACGAGCUUCAAGUUAAGUUGAAGGAUAGUCUCUAUGGAAAGAAGUUUCUUGUGGUUUUAGACGAUGUUUGGAAUGAGGACUAUGGAAAAUGGACCGAACUCUUCAAGCCAUUUGAAGCGGGGGCUAAGGGAAGCAAGAUCAUUGUCACGACUCGAAACCUUCCCGUCGUUCCCAUGAGAGGAGCUUUGCCGUAUCCUUUGGAGGAGUUGUCCCUUGAUAAUUGUACAAGCUUAUUAGCCUUUCAUGCUCUUGGAGCAACAAAUUUUGAGAGCCACCCAGAUCUUGAAGCAACGGGCAAGAAAUUAGCUGAAAAAUGUAAAGGCUUACCCUUGGCAGCAAAGAUGUUAGGCGUUGCCCUAUGUAAUGAAAGAAAUCCAGAUAAAUGGGAAGCUAUCUUAAAUAACAAAAUAUGGGAUCUUCCGAAGGGGAAAAAAAGAUGA